ACCGCGGCUCAGGCCGUGCGGUGCGGAGCGAGCGCGGUCGCUGCGUUCUCCCGGGCGGGGCCUCCGCCCCCCCCUCUUCCUCCUCCUCCCCGCGGCCCUAGUGCCCGCCCGCCGGACCUCACCGCCGCCCAGCCCAGGUUUUUAGAUCUGCACAAGAACCAAGAUCGAGAACCAUGGCAUCCAUCCCAUCCAGCGGCUCGCUCAUGGCGACACACAACUACCGCAGAAGGCGUCUGAGCUCCACGUCCAGCAACAGCUCCUGCGGCAGCUCGGAGUACUCUGGGGAGGUCAUCCCCCACCCCCCGGGUCUGCCCAAAUCCGACCCCGGCCACUGGUGGGCCAGCUUCUUCUUCGGGAAGACUGCUCCCAUGGCCAUGACAACUGUGUCGGAGUCCCCGGAGAGCUUGGGAGCUCUGCGGGUGACAGCAGGACCCAUGGCGUGUGCCUUGGUGCCAGUCCCAGGAGGGGGCCGGCGACGCCACGCCAGCGAGCCCAGCUCCGGGCCCUCGGCAUGAGCGGGUGGGCUGCUGGUCCCCAAACCGGCGGGCACAGCCCCUUCCCUCUCCCCCUCCCCACCCCGUAGAGUAGGCAAAGGUUGCUCUGAAGCAAAGGUGCUGCUUGGUGAUCAACAAAAAAGCGCAGCAAACCCCCCCCUGAUGAUUCCUACACCAGCCUUUUUACUCUUUUCUUAAUGCUCUUUCCACGCGGACUCGGUAACACGUUUUAUUUACCUUGUACUUGUACAAUGGCAACUAAUAAAGUCGAGCAGCCUUUUAAAAA